AUGCGCUGGGCAGACCUCCUUGUUCUUCUCCCUGCAGCCCCAUACCGGCUGGCGGCUUUCCCCUUCGCUGCUCUCUUCCACCACCUCUGUGCUUCGGGGCGCCUCUCUCUGACUGCCCGGUACUUAUUCCUCCUCGCUGGAGGAUGUCUCCUUGCUGGCACAGCCAUGGGCAGCUACGCCAUUUUGCUCUUCAUCCCAGCCAUUGGCUCCCUGCUCGUCCUCCUCUCCAUCAGCCCAGCUCGUGCCCACACCUGGGUCUUCGCCCUCCAGAUGUCCUGGCAGACACUCUGCCACCUGGGUCUGAGCAGCCAGGAGCUGGACCCACAGGAUGCCAGGCCAGCCAUCGCCCUCUCUGCCGUCAUGCUGCUCACCCAGAAGGCUACGUCUCUGGCCCUGGACAUCCACGAAGGGCUCGUGCCGCUCCAGCUGGGCCAGGGGCUUUUGCGGCGCGCGCUGCCCCUCUGCAGCUACCUGCUCUUUUUCCCAGCCCUCCUGGGAGGUCCCCUGUGCUCCUUCAGCAGGUUUCGGGCCCAGGCUGAGUCCUUGGGGGCUCUCCCCUGGCCACUGAGGGCUGCUGGCCAGCGGUGCCUCUGCGCGCUGGUCCUGCAGGGGCUGCGCGCAGGGCUGGCGGGAGGGCUGGCCGGCAGGCAGGGCUGUGCCGGCCUGGGCUGCCUGCCCCACGUCUGGGCACGGGCCCUGCUCCUCAGGCUGGCCUACUAUUUGCACUGGGUGCUGGAUGAGGCCCUCCUGGAGGUGGCGGGCUUCGGGCCGGAGGCAGGCCAGGGAGACCUUUCCAUCCGCGACCUGUGGACGCUGGAGACCACCCACCGCCUGGCCGUCUUCACCCGAACCUGGAACAAGAGCACGUCCCGCUGGUUGAGGAGACUUGUCUUCCAGCGCUGCCCGGCCCAGCCGCUCCUAGCCACCUUUGCCUUCUCCGCCUGGUGGCACGGCCUCCGGCCCGGGCAGGUCUUUGGUUUCCUGUGCUGGGCUGUCAUGGUGGAGGCUGACUACCGCAUCAAUGCCUUCCUCAGUGCCCGGGCCACCUCCCAGGGUAUGAAGCUCCUCUACCGUGGCACAACCUGGGUCUUCACGCAGCUCAUCGUCGCCUACAUCCUGGUGGCUGUGGAGACCGAGAGCUUCUCCACGCUCUGCCUGCUCUGGACUUCAUGCAACAGCAUCCUUCCCCUCGCCUACGGCUUCGCACUGCUGCUGCUGCUCUUCGCCAAGAAGCCGAAGCAGAACUGA